AUGUCUGCCAACGACACUUUCGAGACACCGGGACUCGUAACCCCAGAUCCCACUGAAGAACAUGACUCUCUGACUGAAUUGGUUUAUGGAGUUCUGGACGAUUCAUUCUAUAAUCUUUUACACGACUUGGUCUUUGAGACCUUUAGGGAGGAGAAGAUGCUGAGAGCUUCCUCUGCUGCUAUCAUGGUUGAGCAGAAAGCUACAGACACUGAUUCUGUCGUUGACGACGAGGACGCCCAUACAUCCAGCGAAAACAAAGUCGUCGAGACGGAAGGUGCUACUUGGGAGAAUGGCAUCACAUACCUCAAGGGCAACCCAUUACAUACCACAAAGGAGAUUCGGUGUCAAAAAUGUGGUCUUCCCCGCCUUCUUCAUCCGACGGACGGCAACGGGGGUAGAAGACCUGAACCUGGAGUUCAGUACUGUGAGAAACACCCUUUCAUCAACAAGCCAUACCACGACGUAUACGGUCAGACAUAUGUUCCCGAGGGCCCUGGUCGUGGCAAGAAGAAAAAAGACAUGAUCAAUCCUCUCAAGCAGCAAAAAGAGAAUACACCGAAUGGGAGUCAGGACUCAUCUCCGCCUCCAGGUGAGGAGGAAGAGAAGAAAAACAUUGCGUUCCCAUCGUCGAAAUGUAAUAAUUGUGGCACUCAUGUCGUCAUCAAACGCAUGAACAAUCACAUGGCGAGGUGUAUAGGUGGAUUUGGCCGACAGUCUUCACGAGAUGCAAAAACGAAGAUGGCGAACGGGAACGGGAAUGGUAGCCAGAAUGGAAAUACUCCUCCUACGAGUCGUAAUUCCACUCCAGGUCCUACAGUGCCCGUUAACAAGAACGGUCGCAGUAGUCCGAGCAAGCGUGAUGCCGGUGAUGACUUCGAUUCCGAAGAAUCUCCCCAUAAGAAAGCGAAGCUUCUGAAGAAGAAUCCAGCAACCAAGUUGAAGGCUCCAAAAAUGACGAAAAAUCCAAGUCAGCUAUCAGCUAGUGGAUUGAGCUUCGAAUCGAAGCCUCCGGCAAGUGAUGAAGAGGAUCUCGUUGAUGACGGGGACGACGAUCGAGAUGGUGACUUCAAUGAGAAGUCUAUUUCUGUGGAGGCGAAGAAGAAGGCCAAAUCAUUGAAGCCUGUAAAGAAAUUGGUUAAGCCGAAGAGCAAGUGGCUGUACGGUAACAGCGGCACUACAACAAACGUCGUCCCAGGGCUUCCUCCAGAUCCUACAAAGCUGAAGAUCAGGACUGGUAGCGGAAUGGUGAAUGGGCACUCAAAAAGCACAGCUAGGGACCAGUCGGAGAGUAGUCAGACAUUGAGUUCGCCUAAUUGAGGCUUUGCUGUGUCGAUACAUAAUGAGGACUUGAAAGAUACGCGGAUCUGAGACGAGUAAAACUGGUGGUACCGGGUGGUUGAGAAGAAGAUUUGGGGACUUUGUAUGCAUGAAUUGGCGGUAUCGGGUGCUUAGGAUUCGAGUAACAACUCAGCGAGCGAAGCAAACAAGCAUGGACGGGCGUUUUCUACUUAUUGUAUUAUGUGACUGGGCUUCUCAAUGCCUGGCAUGGCGUGGGAGAAGAGCAUGGGAUGGAUUUGCACCCCAAGGCGUUCGAUAUGGUGCAUAUGAAAUGGAAAGAAUGCAUUUAUUUCCUCCUAACCUUGGGACGGAGUGCAGAGCUCAUUGCACCGGUGAUCCCAGCAUUGAAUUGCCCGAGAUUCCUGCUACUUCCUCAAGUCACAAGAGCAGCUCAUGACAUACCAAUUAACCCAACCAAUUCCUUUCUGAUCAGUACUCGUAGAGGAGUUUCUUCUACUUCAAUACAGCAAACAUCCAUGCAACAAAUUGCUUCGGUUCACAUCCUCCAAUCAGCCGUACAUGUUUUUGAAAGUCCUCACAUAUCCUCAACACAUGUCCAAACAAACAAGGGGCAAAGCAUUCAUCGCAGUCUCCUCCGACAAGUUGACUUAGAAAAGCCAACUCGGCCCCAAGCGGUCAACAAAAUAAUUCUCCUUCCUCUUCCAGUCGUCAUAAUGCUCCACACUGGGGUCAAAACAGCGGAAGGUGCAAUCAGUAAUGGAACGUCCUUCAAACACCGACUACACCACGUAUUGAGUUGUUCUGUACUGAAUACAAUCUAUGUCCUUGUCUCUGUUGGCUGGCAAUUUUUUGAGGAGUCUGGAUCUGCCCUGAUCUUGAGUCACUGUCGUCCAUGGCUCACAUGUCUUCGUGAGACGACUCGUGAGCUUGUUGUACUUUGAUACUCAGUGGAAAACACCCGGUUAAUUCAAUCAUCUGUUGCAUGACUUGCUUUGGUAGUGGAAACCUGCCUAUCUAACAAGAUCUGCUCGAACAUUCAGCAAUCCGAAUAUUGCAGUUUAGCAACUGUAACUGCGUUCACGGAACUUGAAAUAAAUCAAGUCGAAUCCGUGGAAUCGCCUCUCAGAAAAAUGAUUGACUUCGCUGGGAAAACUGCCAUCGAAGUGCCAAAUUUCGGAGCAACCAGAGACUCUCGGGUCUUUACAGCAGCACAGGCAUCGAGCAGUCAGCUGUAAUUUGUUUUGAUAGCGUCUCACAGCUUCUGUUCAACACUCGGCAAUUAUUUCGAAGUCAUGACUUGCCCUACUCGUUUGAGCUACCGCGAUGAUGUCUACACGAUUUGUUCAUUCUCAGACCUCACGAGAGUCUCCUCGUAGUGUCUACAAGUCUCGAGAUCGAUAUGUCUGGAAGUAUUCCGAGGAGCAGUGGUUUCCUCCAAACGAUCCUGUUCUUCGAUGGCCCGAUCGUGGCGGAAAUCUUGCUCGCCUUGGUUCGAGAAUGAAUUCUAAUACCUUCCACUUCUCUUCGGCCGUGAAUAACUUGAACAUUGUUUUCUUCAAGCUUGGUGAUGAAGUCUGACGAGAAGACGCCCCGGGCCUUCUCCGCGCUAAGCGUGAUUUUCGAGGUCUCGGGUAAUCCCCAGAUCCUGUUGACAUGCAGACUCCUACGGAAAGUUGGUAUCUCCAAGCAGACAAAAAUGAAUACUAUUGAAGAUGCGUACAAACCAUUACCUUUCGAGGUUUCAAUGGGUCAUUAUUGUUCGCAGGGUCGUGAAUUGAUCAUUACCUAUAGAAAAGACGUAUCACGUGGGAACUCGUUUAUUUUAAGUAUCCGUUCGGCUGCUGCCCAGGGGAGCCCGAUCCCUGCUGGACCCUGAAUCGCUUAUGCAAGCACUUUCCCA